AUGGGAUUCUCGACCGUUUUAUUGAACUUUGCCCUCAUAAGUGGCCAGGUUCAACAAGCCGCCCUUUAUACAGGACUUUUUCUUGAGACGAUCAGCUCUGGCAAGACUUAUAAGCUUUAUGAAACAUGUACUAUGGACUACAACAAUCAGAAAUGUAUGGUUGCUUCGACUAGUUGCCCGAAGAAUCAAGCUCUUUUGAUUGACAGCCGUUGCACCACCAAUAUCACUUUCAAAUACAACACGCUAACUAUGAAUACGGGAUCUGUUGCAAAGGAUUUACCCCAUGUUUUCCCACUUUAUCAAUUUCUAUUUCGCGGAAUUCUUGGUGAAGCAGACAAUAUGAUGGUAUUAAGUCAACACGCAACAGGAAUUUUCACAUAUGCUGCAAUUUGGCUCUUUUUGAUGCUUGUAACAACAAAAGCUGGAACAAAAAUCAUUAAAUGGACCGCAAUUUUGGCAAACACGAGUCUUCUGGCUUACAUAUUUACCUACACGAUGAUUUGGUUGUUUUUUGAGAGACCAUUUACCUUUGAUAUUCAACAGCUAGCCGAAUUGGACACAAAUUUUAAUAAGACAACACUCACGGAAGAUGCAAGCUGGUGGAUGUGGUUCGAUGUGGCGAUACAUAUCAUGACGCAUAUGGGACUCGGUGACGGGGGAAUGAUUGCAAUAGCCUCGAAUCAAAGUUUCACGUCUUCUAUUCUGAUUGAUGCUGUUUUAAUUGGCAUUGUUUGGGGUCUUGUUCCUUAUGUUUGGGCUAGUUGCACUCAGCCAUUAGCCAUAAAUCAAAUCUAUCAGAUGGUCAAGAGGAGCCAGGGGUACACUCAUGGCAAUAGUACUUUCAUCCGCGGAUACCAUGGAUACAUUCGAAAAGCGGCAUAUCACACAAAUAUGUUCUCUUUGGCACUUGGAUUAAUGGCUUUUAAGAAUUUUGGUGAUGGACUGCUGGGUAUAUUCUGUGUUGCUGGAUUCUUUCUUGUGAUGACAAACGUGGUUAUCCGCUUUGAAAUAAUUUUGAGUUGUUUGUCAGAACAAAUUGUUGGAUUGAAAAAGGUAACAUAUGCGUGUCGUGUUCGUGCUGUUGUUGUUUUGGGCCUUCUGACUUUACUCUUCACAACACAUCGGCAUGGAUUGCAUCUUUUGAACGCUUUUUAUAGCUAUUCGUUGAUCACUGUCACUAGUUUUAUUAUCAUCAUGGAGGUACUCAUAUGCUUUAUUUAUUCACCGCGACGAAUAUUUGCAGACAUCAAUGCCACUGAAAUAGCUUGGUCUUGGGUCUCUCGAUCUCGUCGCUUUCAUCAAUGCUUAGAAGUGCUUUCCCUUUUUGCAAUUGCUUCAUGGUUGCUGGUACCAGUGGUCUUGAUUGGAGUUGUCAUCAUUCAUUAUGCAAAGCUUGAAGAAGACAUGGAGCUUCAAUCAUUCAGCCACAAACUUAUGGGAUUUUUGAUGAGUGUGUUCGUGUUGGUGCCAAUUUUUUUGAUUUUCUUUAAACGGAUGUAUAUGGUUGUGAAAUCGAAGACAAAGUUGUCCCUCGAGUUUAAACCAAAUCGUCAUUUAUGGGGACCGAGGAGGGCAAAUGAUCGGGCGUUGGCUCAGCACGUCGAGCGUGAGUACCGAGUCCACUUU